CUGUACAUGCAAUAUUGCAUCUCACAGAUGUUGCACAAUACCUCAAAGUAUAAAAUUUUGAAAUUGGACGUUUUGGGAAGUGUUCGUUUUUCGGCAUCCAUUUAUGAAAAGAUGAAAUCCUUACUGCUUCUUGUCCUCCUUUUCUCCUUUCAUUAUGUGUCCGAAGUAGAUGCAUAUUUUACGACACCCUGUCCAUGCGGCUGGAUGUGGAGUAGGUGCAUUUGUGGCAGGAAUGUCAGAAAUGCUGCUGAAAACUCCAGAGACCAGAACAGACGAAUAGACGGAUUUGUUGAUGCUGAGACUGGAGAAUAAGAUUUGCCAGAGUUCUGGAGAUAUUUU